AUUAAUCUGUAGCGAGAUAGACUGAAAUGUCAAAUGAAUAAACAACAAAAGUGCUAAAUUCAGUUAUUUUUACGCUCUUUUUCAUAGUAAAAACCGCAAAAUGUCUAAGCCCAGUACAUCUAGCAGCGACAGCCAAACACAAAUAGCCCAGAAAACUUGGGAGAUGGCUAAUAACGUAGAAAUCGUAAAUUCAGUCGACGAAAUUUACAAGUACGACAAAAAACAGCAACAAGACAUCUUAACAGCCAAACCAUGGGACAAAGAUCCACACUUCUUCAAAGACAUCAAAAUAUCAGCCUUGGCCUUACUGAAAAUGGUCAUGCAUGCUAGAUCAGGAGGAACCCUCGAAGUUAUGGGGCUCAUUCUUGGAAAAGUCGAUGGAAAUACCAUGUUUGUGAUGGAUUCUUUUGCUCUGCCUGUCGAAGGGACUGAAACCAGAGUUAACGCUCAAGCACAAGCUUAUGAAUACAUGAGCUCUUACAUUGAAGCAGCUAAAAUGGUAGGUAGACAAGAAAAUGCCAUUGGUUGGUACCACAGUCAUCCUGGAUAUGGUUGCUGGUUAUCAGGAAUCGAUGUCAGUACUCAAAUGUUGAAUCAGAACUUCCAAGAACCUUUUGUAGCUAUUGUUAUUGAUCCAGUAAGAACCAUAUCAGCUGGAAAAGUGUGUUUGGGGGCAUUCAGGACUUAUCCAAAGGGAUAUAAACCAGCAAAUGAAGAACCAUCAGAAUACCAAACUAUACCUCUUAAUAAAAUCGAAGAUUUUGGUGUUCACUGUAAACAAUAUUACUCCCUGGAAGUGUCUUAUUUUAAAUCAGCCCUAGACAGAAGGUUACUUGAUUCUCUAUGGAAUAAAUACUGGGUGAACACUUUAAGCUCUUCCAGCUUGCUCACAAACGCUGAUUACACUACAGGUCAAAUUUUUGAUUUGUCAGAGAAAUUGGAACAGUCCGAAGCAGCUAUAGGCCGUGGAGGGUUUAUAGUAAGUGCCUCAGAUCCAAACGAAAAAAGAACAGAAGACAAGCUUCUUAAAGCCACGAAAGACAGUUGCAAAACAACUAUCGAGAUUAUCCAUGGACUGAUGGCUCAAAUGAUCAAAGACAGGCUUUUUAAUAGUGUGACACCUAGUAGAACCCCCUGUGCAGACUCUACUAAGUAACUUUAUUAAUAUAUCGAGUAUUUUAAGUUGUAUUUCAAAAUACUGUGUUAUAAUAUUAUCUGUAAUAAAUUUCUUAUAACUAA